AUGGACCACUUCCAGUACGCCUACGCUGUGCAAGUGACCCCGGAAGUACAUACAUGCACGUGUCUCAUUUGACAACCUUGAAAAGACUACAAACAACUACCUGACAGUUUAUGUAUCAAAACUGAAACAGUGAUGCCAGUAACAAGACUACUAUACCCUCUCUACCAGCUGGGAAACCCUCAGCUGAGGAUCUUCAGACCCAAUUGGUUCCUUACUCUGAUGAGGCCGGGAAAAGAGCAGCCUCCAGACACUGUCCAGUUUCGUAUCCCAAUGGAAAUGACCAAGUAUGACAUUAAGAACUACCUGGAGAAGAUCUAUAACGUCCCUGUAGGAGCAGUCCGCACCAGGAUACAGUUUGGCUCCAACAAGAAGAGGGAUUAUCGAAGCCAGAAGGUCAAGAAGCCCGACUAUAAAGUAGCCUACGUUCAGCUGGCCCAAAGCCAGACCUUCAACUUCCCUGACAUCUUCCCGGAAAAAGACCAGACGCCAGAGGAGGGCUCCAUGGAAGAGACGCAGGAGAAGUUCAUGAAGGACGAGCAGCAGAGGCAGAAACUCGACCCCAGGAGAGGAGGGGUCACUGAGUGGUUCGGACUCUGAGACAGCCCACUCACCGGGAACUCUUGCUCACAUGGUGUGGCGUGGGUGUUUAAUUGGGAGCAACAUGCAUUGGUUUACAACGCGACUGUUGUGAUGUCACUUCUGUGUAGUGUGUAGUAAAGAGCAUGUGUGGGAGACUGGAGACAUGUGUUUGGUGUGUGUGAGUUAGCGAGGCUCCAGUCCAGUAACCUGAGCCAGAACAGAAUCACAGAAGGAGGAGAGUGGCCCAGCGCCAUCUUUUAUGAAACCAGCCCACCGUUACAGAAUCUCCAUCACCUCAGAUGACCUACUCUCCUUCCUCCACCCACCCUUCCUGUUCCACCACCUUCUCCUUUUACCCCUCCUCUUUGGCACCAGCACCUCGGCACCUCUUCUUUCUUACUCUUUCCUCAUGAGUUUCCUUUCCUUCUCGUCUGUCUAUCUCCUCUGCUGUCCCUCUUUCUCCUCGUCCCUCUCCUACGCUGGGGAGGGUAUAUUGUGGCAUCCCUAGUUGCCCUGACUCUCAGCCAGUUGGAUCAGGCUACCUGGACAACCCACAUCCUUUCCUCUUUUAUGAGUUUGCCUUGGAUUAAUUGACCACUUUAGGUAAACAACAAUUGAGAUGUUGUUUCAGCAAAGCAACGACAUGGAAUUUGCUAGAGUGUUUUAUUAUUCUGUGGUAGCACCUCUUGCCAUAACUCUGAGAGAAGAUUGUACCCAGUGUUUGUGUGUGUUUGCCUAGCAUGCGGGACUUGCCAGUGAAUCUGUCUAAUUGUAAGUGCUGUUGGAAUAAGAACUAAUAAACGGCUGCUUGUCCGAAAGGG